AUGGCUUCCAACGAUAAUCCCGACAAGAUGAGCUACAUCUACAACUCGCAGCUCGAUGCCUUCACCCUUUACCAUAUCUCGCACGAAAAGGAAGAACACAGCUCGGUCGGCCCUGUACUCCCCGCCCUCGGCCAUGCUUCGUCUGGCGCUCUAGGAACCGUUGUGUCGAAACUCUUAACAUACCCUCUCGAUGUCGUUAUCACGCGCCUUCAGGUUCAGCGGCAACUACACCACGGCGACGCGCACCCGCACUACAAUGGCUUCCUCGACGCCGUCGAGAAGAUAUACGAGAGGGAGGGCGGACCAAAGGCCUUCUACAGCGGCAUAGUGCCCGAGGUUGUGAAGGGUGUUGCCGACAGCUUCCUCUUCUUCCUAGCUUACUCAUAUGCGCGACAGAAGAGGCUCGAAGCGCGAGGUACUGGACACAGCUUGCCGGCGCUCGAAGAGAUCGGCGUCGGCGUUGUCGCAGGCGCCUUCUCCAAGUUCUUCACCACGCCUAUCCAGCAGAUUGUCACGCGGAAGCAGACGGCGGCGAUGAUGCGACAAGAGUCGUCGACUACCAUACCUCCUCUGUCUAGUACCAGGGACAUAGCACACGAGAUCCUGCGCGAGAAGGGCAUACAAGGCUUCUGGUCUGGCUACUCUGCCAGCUUGAUCCUGACCCUGAACCCUUCCAUCACUAUGCUUCUGCACAAGGCUCUCCUACGAUUGGUCGUACCCAGGGCAAAUCGAGACGACCCCGGCGCGCGCAUGACGUUCCUUCUCGCCGCCAUAAGUAAGGUCCUUGCCUCUACCGCUACCUACCCGUUCUCACUCGCAAAGACGCGCGCCCAAGUGUCCUCACAGAAGCCCUCUUCCGGCAUUGGUGAGACUUCCGACAAAGAGAAGUCAGACGAACCGAUCGAGUCGAGAGCACUACAAGCUAGGCAGCGAACUGUGUUCAGUACCAUCUUGCGCAUCGCCCAGACCGAAGGAAUCUGGGGCUUAUACCAGGGUCUCGGGGCGGAAGUGCUCAAGGGCUUUUUCUCUCACGGCAUCACGAUGUUGAUGAAGGACCGCAUCCAUGCUGUCAUCAUCAGCCUAUACUACACUGUGCAGGGGGCGUUGAAGAAAUACCCCAGCCCAAGUGAAGUCGCAAAGUCGGCGUCGGACAGCGUUCAGAGCGCUUAUGAGCAAGGCAAGGAGCAGGCUAGCGAUGCGUAUGCGAAGGGCGCCGAAGUCGUCGGCAGUGCAACAGAAUCGGCAAAGCAUGCCGUUUCCCAGGGCUCACAGCAGGCGCAAGACCUUGUUGAGAAGGGCAGAGAUGCUGUUAGCGAGGCCGCAAGCAGCGCCUACGACCAGGGCAAGAACGUGCUAGACAAAGGACAGGAUGCGGCCACCAAUGCCACUCAGCAAACUGGUGAAGCGCUUGAGCAUGGCAAGAGGGCCGCAAGCGAGGCAUCGCAGCAGGCCAAAGACGCUGUUCUGGACGCCGACAUCAAGGACAUCAAUGGCCCUGACAAGGGCAUCAAAGAGUGA